AUGACAUCCAUAAAGAACAGAACAGAGAUGAGUGAGUUCAUUCUCACAGGAAUAAUAGAUACUCCAGAGCUUCAAGUUCCUUUCUUCCUAAUGUUCACCAUCAUCUAUCUCAUCACCCUUGUGGGGAAUUUAGGGAUAGUAGUCCUUAUCUCCUGGGACUCCCACUUGCACACUCCAAUGUACUUUUUUCUCAGUAAUCUUGCUCUGGUAGAUUUUGGUUAUUCCUCAGCUGUCACGCCCAAGGUUAUGGCUGGUUUUCUCACAGGGGGCAAGGUCAUCUCCUACAAUGGAUGUGCUGCACAAAUGUUCUUCUUUUCAAGCUUUUGCACUACUGAAAUUUAUCUCCUGACUGUUAUGGCCUAUGACAGACACACAGCAGUGUGUAAGCCCCUACAUUAUUCUACCAUCAUGACAUCAAGUAUAUGCACUUGUCUGACCAUAAUUGCAUAUAUUGGUGGAAUUUUGAACUCUGCUAUUAUUACAGUACAGACCUUUAGCCUUUCCUUCUGUAGUUCCAAUGUGGUUCAUCACUUUUUCUGUGAUAUUCCUGUUCUCCUGGCUCUCUCCUGCUCUGAUAUACAUAUCAAUGAAGUGGUAAUCUUUAUCUUAGGAGGAUUCACGAUCUCUUUUGGACUCUUCUUUAUUUUUAUUUCUUACCUAUUCAUCUUUAUUGCCAUCCUGAAGAUCCAAUCUACUGAGGGCCGCCAGAAAGCCUUCUCUACUUGUGCUUCUCAUCUCUCUGUGGUGUCCAUAUUUUAUGGGACAAUAAUCUUUAUGUACUUACAACCCAGUUCUAGCCAUUCUAUGGACACAGACAAAGUGACUUCUGUAUUCUACACCAUGAUCAUUCCCAUGUUGAAUCCUCUAGUCUAUACCAUAAGGAACAAAGAGGUCCAUGUUGCUUUCAGAAAAGCUUUGGGGAAGAUAAAGAUUUCAUUAGGCUUAGCAUUUUGCUUAAGAGAAGACAAAAUCUAA